GACAGAGUGGUUUUCAGAGUGGCCUCCACAGAGCAGGAGCCUCGCUCCUGGCCGGAAGCAGGUCGCGGACAUCCUGGCUCGCGAAGUCGAGAGGCUCGGCGACGCAAGCAAAGUGUUCCUGGGGGGUUCCUCACAGGGAUGCAUCCUGGGCCUUGACGUUUUCGUUCGCUCCCCGCAUGACUUGGGUGGCUUCUGCGGCAUUCUGGGCUACUGGCCGCGCUGCAGUAAUGAGGCCCUGGCGAGUAUGCGUCCGCAGCUGAAAUUGCGGCCGGUGCAGCUCGUGAAUGGACAGAAGGACACGGUAGUCAACUGCGACGAAGCUCGUGCCAGCUUUCAGGAGCUUCGAACAGCUGGGAUGACCUUGAAUGCCAUAGAGGUGGCGAAGAUGGACCACCACGCCGGAGAAGCUGAGGGCCAGUACCUUCGUAUCUUUUUGGAGAAAGUACUACCUGGACCCCAAAAGUAG